CAAGCUCCUGCUGAAGGAGCCGAGCGGCCGCAAUGCUGCGACGACGCUACACGCCAGCAGCCCGGAGAGGCUGGUCGAGCGCCAGGCAGAGGCCGGUGCAGAGCGGCGGCCGCCGCCCGUCCCCUCUGGAAGAGAACGUGGACGUGGCCACGUGGCUGCAGGCGGGACCCGCGGGAGGAGGAUGGGCCUGCCCCGGCCCUUUGCGCGGCGAGGGACCUCGGCCGCCGCAGAGGUGCCCGGGCCGUCGGGCUCCGGAGGCGGGGGGGCUCUCUUUGGCCGGCCCCCGGCAGCUCUCUGCCGCCAGGACGGCACGCUGCCCCAGCCCAUCCAGGUAAGCAAGCCUGGGCGGGGGGUGCCCACCCCGCUGGCUCCUCCGGAGAGGCGGUGCCCCCAGCAGAGGGACCCCGGGGGGGGCUCGGGGACGAAGCCAUCUCCUCCCCACGUCGCCCACCUCCGGCCACCCCUGCGUCCCGCCCCAGUGAGAGCUGUGGAGCCGUCCACGCUUGCCCCUGCCCCUGAGGAAGGUUCGCCUGCCCCAGGGCCUGUCUCCGGCCAAGCAGCUCUCCUCCUCUGUCCCCUGCAGGACCUGCUGGCUCUGCUGCACGAGCACGGGCCACCCGCGGAGGGGAUCUCCCGGCUGGCGGCCAGCGAGCGGGCCUCCCGGGAGCUCGGGGAGGCCCUCGACAGCGGAGCGGAGGUCCGCCUCGAAAGCCAGCCUGCGCACCUGCUGGCCGUCGUCCUGAAGGCGAACCCUGCCGACCUGGAGCCCGGCAGCUCCGGGCUCUGUCGGUGCCGACGGGCGCCUGCGAGAGCGGGAGCCAAAACCCAGCCGCCUGCUCGUCGGCCGGAGUGCCAGGGAUGCUGCCUGUGCUCCCGGCGGCGGUGGUCCGAGACUCACCCGGAGCCCUUGGCGUUGCAGGACUUCCUCCCUCCGCAAGAUCCCCUCCAAGCUCCUCGAGGCAGAGCUCUACGAGGAGUGGAUGAGCGCCCUGCAGAAGUCCAGCAGGCGGGAGAAGCUGGCGGGACUGAAGGAGGACGUGUGGCGAGCAGCCUGCCUGCUCCCUGGGGAAUGGCAGAGGGCGGGACUUGUCUGCAAACGAAGGCGUCCUUGACAAGCCGUCUUUCCUGCUGCCAGCCACCUCUUGGGGGUUGCUCCACGAAGGGACUCUUGCCAGAAGGGCGGGGAGGGAGGGAGGGAGGUGGCCGUAUCUCGGCGAAGGCAGUCCCUCUGCUGGAGACCAGGCGUGCCCAGGGAGCCUUCCCUCGGGUGGUCUUGGGUGAGAUCAGCCUGGGAGGCCUGUGGUGACAACGUCUAGUUGAUUAACGUUGCGUUCCUGUUCCCGUUCCCUCAGGGUGGCCGGCAAGUUGCCCGAGGACAACCUCCUCCUGCUCAAGCGCUUGCUGGCCCUGCUGCAAAACAUCAGCAGGAACGCGGCCACCAGCAGGAUGACUGCCGGCAACCUGGCCAUCUGCGCGGGGCCAAACCUCCUCAGCCCACCCGAGGAGAACACGCUCCCCCUGGACGCCCUGGUGCAGGUGACGGGCAAGGUGACGCGGCUGGUGGAGUUCCUCAUUGAGCACUAUGGGGAACUCUUUGAGGAGGAGGAGGAGGAGGAGGAGGAGGAGGCGGCUGGGCUUGCCAGUGCUUCGGCCAAGGAGUCGCCAGCACCGGGGGCAGAAGUGGGAACAGCAGAGGUCCCUCCAGUCGCUCCAGAAAGCGAACCCCAGAAGAGCUCAUCUGGGGAGAGAAGGUUGCCAGGCUCUUCGCAGGAAAAGGAAGAACACUCCAACAGAAAGAGAACACUAAGCUUCGAAGAGGAGAGUGACAGCCAGCCGGGGAACAAAAGGCAGAAGCUGGAACCUGAGA